AUGGAUAUUGAACCCGCAUCCGCACCUCUUCCAAGCCGGGACAUCUAUCAGAUGAACGGAUGUCUGCAAGCUUCCGAUUGUUCACGAUGUAUGGACUUUAAUAUUGAACAGGGACAGAUUGGCAUCCUAAAUAUCAAGGUGAACAUUCAAGAUCCAGGAAUAGCGACCAGAUACUUUGUUGGCUUCCCUCAUCCCACAAAAUCCGUGCGGUUUAUUCUUUGUGGGAUAACAGGCAUGGCCAACACCGACGUCAGUACCCAUAUCUUCAGUGGUUACCGCCUCUUCCACCCAAUCCCACCCCUCUUUUCGAGCCAAUUAUGGCUAAUGAUGUUUUGGGAAUAUGACUUGUUGGACAGAUCUAAGGAAUGCGUCAAGAACGAGAAGUGGAUACAAUUAUUCGAGUUCCACGCUGAAGAGGCCGAAACAAAAUCACAAACGGACAGGGGAUAUCUGAGCGGGAACCCAACACAACCAGUGAAAAAGGGAAAUAAAAAUAGCAGCAAAGAUCUCCGGAAGAAUCGAAAAGGGUGGAAUCAACACACCAGUGGGGGUGGGGGAAAGAAGAAAAAUCAAGAAAAGUUUUGCUUGAACCGCGUCCUGGAAAUUAAUACAGACAUCCUAUGCGCAGAAUAUGAUACGGCACGAUACAACUUAGUCAUGAUCGAGUCACGAAAAGAAGAGAAAUGA